AUGUCGAUUUACUUUUUUCGUCAGCCCGGCACGAGCCUCGCUUCCUCCCCACCGCUUGCCCAUUUUGUGAUGGUCGCUGAGCAAAAGAAGCCCAAGAAGGCCAAGGAGCUCCGUCGCCACCUCCACACUGAUGCUGAUGCGACUGGGGCCGGCGAGGCGGCGAGCGCUGCGCCCGGCCGCCUGAACCGCGAGCCGGUCCUCUGUGACGUGAACGCGCCGCCGCCAAAGUGGGCGAGGCCGCUGCGCGCCGACCGCUCUGCGAUUCUGUCGCCGGCGCCCGCCGUCGCGCUCGAGAUGGGCGUCGCCCGCGCCUCCGACAUGCUGCGAGCAAAGCUCGACGAGCUUUGCCGCGCGUCGCGGCUCCCACGGCCCGUCCGGCCGCUCACCUUUGAGCGCUGGCGCUGGGCGGCCAAGUGGGAGGAGGAUGGCCUCCUUCCAAAGAGCGCCGGCCACCCGGGCCUGAUGCUCUCCGACGCGCGCGCGAUCGCGCUGGAGCUCAAGGCCGAGGCGGCGGCGCUCUCCAAGAAGCGUGCAAAGGAGCGGCAGCAGGCAGCGUCGGGCAAGGGGGCGUCGCUGCCGCCGCUCGAGAUCGAGGUUGGCCACGCACCGUACGCCAAGCUCGCACUCCUCCACCGCCGUGCGAUGCCGGCGGAGGGCGCGCCGGAGGCAGAGGCGGAGGCAGCGGCGGCCGCGGUUGAGGCGCCGGCCUGGUGGUCCACCGAGGGAUCGCCCGGAGGCGUGGAGAUCGAGGCGGAGGUCGCCGGCGCGCGGCUGUCUGCCCAGGCGUCGGAGGCGACGCCCGACCCGCGCGCGGCCUUCCACCAGCGGCUCUUUGCGCUGCUGCUGCGGUACAAGACGCUGCGCGGACACGGCUUCCACGCCGCCAUCGCGCCGGCGGUGUGGCGCGUGCUCACCUCGAGGCUUGGGGUGGGGUUCGAGGCCUUCGCCUCGCCACUCAACUGCUACCUGCCCACGUUCGGCUCCGGCUUUUCGGACGUCGACGGCGCGUUCGGGAGCAGCGGCUCCUUCUUCCGCCUCAAGCCGGCGCAGCUCGCCUCGGGCUCCUGCGCGUGCAACCCGCCCUUUGUGCACGCCAUCCUCGACGCCGCCGCCGCGCGCGUCGAAGAGCUGCUCGCCGCGGCUGCCGCCGCCGACGCCCCCCUCUCCUUCGCUUUCAUCAUGCCGGGCUGGAAGGAGACGCGCGCGCACGCCAGCCUCUCCGCUUCGCCCUUCCUGCGGAGGGCGGUCCUCGUCGCCGCCGCAGACCACGGCUUCUGCGACGGCGCGUCGCACCAGCGGGCCGACCCGCUGCGCGCGUCGCCGUACGACACCGUCGUCUUUGUGCUGCAGACGGAGCGCGGCUCUCGCAAGUGGCCCGCGGAUGGGCGGUUCGAGGCGGAGCUGCGCGCCGCCUUUGCGGCGAGUCUCGCGCCGCGGCUGGACGCGUGGGUGGCGGCCAAGCGGUCAAAGGACUUUGCCACCGCCGACAAGAUCCGGGACGAGCUCAAGGCGGCGGGCGUGAUCGCCGACAAGGCGAGGCCGGUGCCGCGCAAGGCGAUCGAGAAGCGGGCGGCGAGCAAGGGGGCGGACGAGAAGCGACCGCCGAAGCGCGGGCGGGCGGAGUGA